CCGCCCUGCACUUUCUUCUCACUCACAACCCCCCAUGAACAGCUCAACGGAGCCACAUACUCUCGUGAUUCUUUUAUUCAGAUUGAAACUUAUCAAAGUGCACAUUCCUCAUUGGUGCUUCGUGAAAGACCUACUAGAAGAUGUUUUAUACUCUGGCAAAUACGAUAUCCCGGCCAAAGUCAAGACCAUUAUGCGUCCAUAUAAACCUCGGAAUCUACGAUAUUUUACAACCAAGGAACCUUUUCUCAUUCGAGACCUGAAUGAAGUUCCCCAGAAAGAGGAACUAGACGACAAACUUUUAUUCCUGUGGUCUCGCCACGCAGCGACGAUAGACUGUGCCGGCAAGUAUCUCCCCUCGGACGGGUCAUGUCUCAACCUAGUUGUAGAAGAGCCUCUUCCAAUCGGGGAGCUGUCUAGAGAAGGGGAUGAACGGUUUAGAUCUCGAGAGGUUGUUCUUUACUUGAACGAACACGAGAUCGAACUCGAGCCGUGUGGAUAUUCGGCACGUGUCGCUCCUGGACAUAUGGGACAAAAGAUCAACCGAGUGUGGUGUAAACUCAUCGGAAAAGGCGAACUGGAAACAUUUGAAAGACUCGAGAAACUUGAUCCAUCUGCUCAUCAUAUCGUAUCCCUCCUUUUACCACCCCAUCACCUCCCGGCGACAGAUCAACAUCUUAUCACAAUGCCCGACUGUGGUGAUGACUUGAACGUUAUCAUGAAACAACGACUGUCUGGGACCAGAAUACCGAUCAUCGCUCGUCAACUUUGCGAAGCCAUCGAAUUUUUACACUCUCAUAACCUCUACCACCUCGAUAUUAAGCCACAAAAUUUAGCUAUCGACGACUUCACUUCGGAUCUAACAGUGAUUGACCUCGGCUGGGUUAUGUAUGGAGUGCCACCUUGUGCCGUUGAAGGAGCGACAGGUACCUAUGGGUUCGUUGCGCCAGAGGUACGGCGUUGGUUUGAUUGGGAGGAAACGGAAGAUUCAGAAGGAGACGCGCCUCCGUUUUACAAUCCACAGAAAGCUGACGCUUGGGCGAUAGGGAACGUGAUAAGGAUUUUAUUGGAUAAGGAUGUGCCUGUUGCUGGUUGCUUCAUGCUCGAAUCGUUCAGUGAGUGGAUGAUGGAGGAAAGGCCUUCGAUGACCGCUGCCCUAGACAAACUUGACUAUUUCUUUCCUCCCUCGACGCCAGAGGCUCACAGUAGAAGCAGCUCAGCUUCUUUAGACAGUAUCGACACUUCUUUUCCCUCGUUAUCGGUCGUCGAGGCAUUUUGAUUUAUCACUAUUUAGUUUCGUACUCGCUGUAUCGACGCAUUGUUUUCCUUGCAUCGCAAACUGUUAUCUUCCUCUCAAUUCCUCCCAUCCAGCAAUCACAUCCCUGCAUUGUAUCAUAUUUACUAGCUUACAAUCCUAUUAUCUUUUUUGUAGUUAUACUAGCUAGGCAUGUACUUGUCGAAUCCAAACCACACGUCGCUCCGACUGGUUCGACGGUCCGUAGGAUCAGGUUGACCUGCCCUA